AUGAAAUUCAUCAUUGUCUUCGUUGCCCUCUUCGCCUUCGCCUUGGCCGCCCCCGCUGAGGUGGAAAUUGUCAAAAGCGAAUCCGAUGUUGGUCCCGAAUCCUUCUCAUACAAUUGGGAAACUAGCGAUGGUGCCAAAGCUGAAGCUUCUGGUCAAUUGAGAAAUGUUGGUUCUGAAAACGAAAGCAUCGCUGUCAAAGGUUCCUACUCCUUCGUUGGUGAUGAUGGCCAAACUUACACUGUCACCUAUGUUGCCGAUGAUAAUGGUUUCCAACCCAGCGGCGCCCAUUUGCCAGUUGCUUAA